CGACGACGACGACGACGAACGGGGCACCGGUGGUCGAGCUCGGCGCGGGGGUCCAAUUGGUCGGCGGGAUGAGCGCCAAAACGGACGUGAACAGGCGGGUAUUGGCGAUCCAGGCGAAGAAGAAGCGGCACAAGCCCAGCAAACGCAAGGGCAAGGCGAACUCUCAGAGCGAGCAGGACGCGCAGAGCUCGAAGGGGCCGCGUGCCGGUCAGGUAGCCGCUGCCGCGACCACCACCGCCGCCGCCUACGCCUCGGACGGGCCGCCGCAGCGCGCCUACAACAGCGACAACGGGACCAGAUUGGUACCAUGUCAUAGUUCCAGCAAUGAAACGAUAGAGGACGAUGAUGCGUUCAGUACCGAGGACGAGGAGCAGGAGGACAGCAGCGACUAUUGUAAAGGCGGAUACCAUCCGGUGAAGAUAGGGGAUCUCUUUUUAAAUCGCUAUCACGUGACGCGUAAGCUCGGCUGGGGCCACUUCUCUACCGUAUGGCUCUGCUGGGACCUGCAGGAUAAACGUUUUGUGGCGCUUAAAAUAGUGAAAUCCGCAUCCCAUUUCACUGAGACCGCAUUGGAUGAAAUUAAAUUAUUAAAAGAUGUGCGCGAUACGGAUCCCAGCGAUCCUAAGCGCAAUAAGACCGUCCAGUUGCUCAAUGACUUCAAGAUCAGCGGCAUUAACGGCCUGCAUGUUUGCAUGGUAUUUGAAGUGCUUGGACAUAAUCUUCUUAAAUUGAUUAUCAAGUCAAACUACAGAGGAAUUCCAAGAAAUAACGUUAAACGCGUCAUCAGACAAGUCCUCGAAGGUCUCGACUAUCUUCAUAAUAAAUGUAAAAUUAUUCAUACAGACAUUAAACCUGAGAAUGUUCUUGUGUGCGUCGAUGAGACUUAUAUACGAAAAUUAGCUUGCGAGGCGACAGAACUGCAUUCUAUGGGCGCCAAGUUACCGGUGUCCCUGAUUUCUACCGCGCCGAAGGAGUUUCAAGAGCCCACGCCCAACUCCAAGAUGUCCAAGAAUAAGAAGAAGAAGCUAAAGAAGAAAGCCAAGCGCCAAAAUGAGCUCUUGAAGAAGCAGAUGGAGCAGAUCGAGGAGUUAGAGGAACAAAGUAAACUCGCGAAUAGCACGAGAGAAAACGGGGAGGUCGAAACGAAUAGCCUAGACCAAGAUCUCAACACCGAGAGCAUAGAGGACAAUACGGAGAGCAAAGACUCUCCGGAGCUCCGGAGCAUCUCGGAGUCGUCCGCGCCUUCCUUGCAUAUGAACGGGGUGGACGGUUUGGCGGGCGGCGAGAAGAUGCAGAAUCUAUCGCCCGAGCAAUCCGAAAAGAUGGACAACGUCAUUCUGUGCGACGUGGAAAAGAGCUGCGGCGAAGGUGUUCUACCACCUGAUCCCGACGACACUGACGAAUGUAGCGAAGGUCGUAGAUCAUUCAACCCACCGGAAAGUAAGCAAUUGAAACGGGCGUCCGUGUCUCCCUUGGAUCCUGCCAUAAUGGACUGCGAGAUAGAAGUUAAGAUAGCGGAUCUCGGGAACGCAUGCUGGGUUCAUAAGAAAUUCACGGACGAUAUCCAGACCCGUCAGUAUAGGUCGCUCGAGGUUCUGUUAGGUUCCGGGUACGACACCUCUGCCGACAUAUGGUCCACUGCUUGCAUGGCGUUCGAAUUAGCGACUGGCGAUUACCUCUUUGAACCUCACAAUGGCAAAGACUAUUGCAGAGACGAAGACCAUUUGGCUCAUAUUAUCGAGUUGCUGGGAGAAAUACCGAGACGUAUCGCUCUCUCGGGGAAGAAUUCGAGGAUAUACUUCAAUAGGAAGGGUGAAUUAAAGCAUAUUACCGGAUUGAAACCGUGGGGCUUGUAUGAAGUGUUGACGGAGAAAUACGAGUGGACGCCGAACGAAGCACGCGAGUUCGCAGAGUUCCUAAUACCGAUGCUCGAGUUCAAUCCGAGCAUGCGAGCUACCGCAGCCGAGUGCCUGAAGCAUCCGUGGCUGCAAAUCAAAAAGUGAUCGCGUUUUUUAUUGUUUUAUCUGUAAUAUCCCCUCAACUUUCACCCUGGUCCUACCGCCCAGUUGUCGCAAUCGUAAAUCGAGAGUGUGAUAGGAAGCCGAAGACACUUGGUAAACGUCAGGUGUUAUUUCCGUACUGAAAGUCACAAUUCAGCGAUACCCAAUUUGCGUACGAGAGGAGCAAGUGCAUCGUUUCAAGAGCGCGUACACACCCACACGCAUAUACACACGUACAUACACACGCAUACACACGUGAAAACUUUGAUAUAAUACAAAUUACAGAGAUAAAUUGUAACAUACGUUGUUAUAUUAAUCGUACGUACGCCACGUGCGUGUCUUCGCGUGGGAAAUGUUACGAAACUGAAAACGUUUCGAAAAGAAUUGUUAUAUACCCUUUACAAAUGGUGAUUUGACAAUAUUGCGGAAGUCGCCCCAAGGAAAGUUGUCUCUCGGAUGCAGCGAGCGAAGUGUCGCAAAAUCCGGAAAUUGUUAGAGGAAGAAGAUCUUGCAACAUUCCGCUGAUUUCCACAUAAAAGAGAAAAAAAACGGCCGCGCGCGUGCUUCCUAACGUAAACACUCUCAACACAUCGGCUGACCAUUUGUAGUUGUACACUUGUUAAAUCGUAUUUUUAAUUAGUGAUGAGAGAGAGAACUUAAAUUAAAAAGAAAUUUUUCAUAGUACUUUAUAUACAUUAUUUUACACAUAUUCGUCUCGCAUUCUUCGUCAUUUAAUUUAUCUGCGAAUAUUCCAAGAGUCGUGCGAUCCACUCGUAAUGCGCUGUGAAGGUACUGGCGGGCUCGGUAUCGUGUUUGGUUUAAAAUUAGGACUCAUUGCCUUGACUCAGUUAUCCGUGUGUACUUUAAUACAUCGUACACACCGGUCGCUGUAAAUUCUUGCCAACAAACUUGUGAAGUCGCGAGACAAAUGGCUACUUAAUUAAUAUUUUACGUCUACCUCAAUAUAUGUGGGCCGGUUAGAAAUACUCAUCAACAGACGUGCACGUAACGAGGGGCCGCAUUCAAAUAAUUGUAAAUUGAAAUAGAAAGAUCUGUACAUUGUAGAUAAUUAAGAGUCGGUCACUGGAUUCUUGGGAUAUGUAUGUAAUUUACGUGGGCGCUGAUUGGAGUAAGACAGUACGCAUAAGUGCAUAUUCAAUUUCGUUUUUCACCUAGUUUCAAGUUUUGCGUAAAAUUUGAGAAUGUAUUGUUUCUUCUUCGUAUCGCUGUUGUCAAGAUAACGAAAUUUUAUUAGCGGUAUGCGACGAGAUAAGAUCGCGUUUGCAAAUGUAUAACUGUUAUAAAAAAGAAUUGAUAUACACUUUUGUAAGAAUAGAAAUGUACAUACAAAUGACAGCAUACAAAGCUAACAUAUCCAAUAUACGGUUUACAUGUGAAAGUGUAUUGUGCACUUUGUCUUAUUCCACUGCGCCCUGCUAUACUGAUAUUGUAACGAACAUUUCUGUUAUAAACUUGUUUACGUCGCUAAUGCGAAUGCCUGUAUACAUAAUGUACAAUUACGAAGAGAAAAAGAGUAUCUAUAUUGCGAGUAAGGUCUUGGCAGACUUGAUGAGAGCAGCUGUAACGAGAGUAAUGUUGAGUUUUAUGUAAAACUUCUUUCAACACUGACUGAUCACUGAGCUCUCUGCCGAUUAUAAUUGUCUUCUUUUUUUUAUAAACGAAAAAGCGAAGCAGUGCGUUCCACCGGAUCGUCUUAUGUCGUGCGUAUUUCCCUAUGCACGAAUGCAAUUCAUGCUUCCCGCAGAAUGUUCUGUUUCGCUUGGCCUGCCAGUCUCAAGUUUCACAAAAAAGGUCUCGAUCGAACUGUGUGUGGAAAUGCGUACGUCGAAUUAUACAUAUUUCAUCGUCAUGUACAAAAUGUCUUGUCACUUAUUGCGGCUACAUCUCUUCCCGGGUAAAAGAGGAUAAAAGAGGAAAAUACUCUCGUAAAAAUACACGGCAUUUUACCAUCUACUUUUUUUAAACACAACAUGCGUACUUUAUUUUACUUCUCAUCAUUUUCAGUUGGCAAUAUUUUUACUUGAUUACAUAAACACUUCAACACGAAAUGAUGUACACUAGGCACAGGUUUUAAUUUAUUAAAAAUUUACGUCCAUUUUUUAUGAAA